AUGAACAAUAGUGAAUAUAUAGUGAAAUUUGUUACAAACUUACCUCAAGAAUUUUAGAUAAGCAAUAACGAAAUAGCUGUUGAAGGAAAUAUGAAUUAAGGCGAUCUUAGUUCUCUGAUGUAAUAAUUAUUGUCAGCUGAGAAUCCUGAUUAAGAAUAUAAUCAAUAAUUUGAUUUUUUAGUAAAUGGAAUAAGUUUAAGAUCUAGUUUACAUGAAUUGAUAACAUAAAAUGAAAUAGCAACUGAGAAAACAUUGCAAAUAGAAUAUUUAUUUGCAGUGCCUGAACCAAGAUUAAAAUAAACAAUUAAUAUGAAUGAUUGGAUUGUCACAAUAGGUAGAUUGAAUAAUCAAAUAUUAACAUGUUUAUCUAAUGGUGAUAUAGUAGUUUGUAGUGAGAAGGGUAAGAUUGUAAAGACUUAUAAAACUAAAUUGGCAAAGAGUUUUACAAUUUAUGAAAAUAUAAUUAUUUCAACUCAUUGGGAUUGUAGUGUUAGAGUUUAGAGAAUUACAGAUAAAUUAGAAUUGAUAGCAUAAGGUUAUUUACCAUCUUAUGGAGAGUGUAGUUGUAUAAAUAGAAAGAAUACAAAUGAAUUUUGUGUUGGAACUGCUAAUGGAGAAUUAGCAUUUUUUGAUCUUAGUACAGUUUAAUAGUAAGUGAUUGAAAUGAAAGAUAAUUUUAAAGUACAUUAAUAAUAAAUAACAUGUUGUUAAUGGAUUAGAAAUAGUACUAUUUUGACUGGAUCAUAUGAUCAUUCAAUUUGUAUGUUUAAUAAAAGAACAGGAUCAAUAAAUAAAUAAUUAUUUGCUAAAGAUUCUGCUAUCAUUGGAUUAUGUUAUUUAGAAAUGAAUUAAUAAAUUGUAUCUGUUCAUGAAGAUGGUUAUUUAAAAUUAUGGGAUAGUUUGAGUGAAUAAUUAAUUAAGAUUUAUAAGAGUUCAUUAUCUUAAUUAACAUGUAUCUCUGUGAAUCCUAAUGGAUAAAUCAUUGUGGUAAUCUAUUAUUGUAUUAUUUAGACUUCAAUGGAUGGAAAUGCAUAUCUUUGGGAUUUAAGAGGAGAAGUACCAUUAUAUUAAUUGAAUGGAGAAGGUAAAGCUUUAGCUUGUACAUGGAUUGAUAAUAAAAUACUAUUUGGAGGAUCGACGAAUAAAUUAUAUGUUUAUAAUUGUUGAUAGCAAU